GAUGUUGUCGUGGUGGAAAGUAUGGGCUGGAUGGUAGGGGUGAUUGCACCGAGGAGACCACUGUAAAUGAGCCUAUCUUGACGUUUCCAAAGAGUGAAUUCAUUGUUGGGAACGAUUCCCUCAUCUGUAGUGAUUGUAGGUGGUGGAACGAUAGCUGAUCCAUCUAUGUGACCAGCCAAAUCGUAGCCAUCAAGUAAAGCGUGGACUUGACGGCUCCACAUGAGGAAGUUAGAGGAGGUGAGUUUAGUCACGUUCGUCAUGUUGACGUUGAGAAGGCGUUUCGUGGUUGAGAUCUCGAUUGUUUCAUGGUUAAAGGUUUGAGUUUCAUCGGUGGGAGGCACGGUCGCCGAAGAGAAAAGGAAAAAAAAAAAAAAAUUUGAACAAUAGAGAUGGCGGCUUAGCUUAGGGUUAAUGCCAGCUCUGAUACCAUAUAAGAUUAGAGGCUGAAUUGAUUCUUUAUUAACAACCGUAGAAGGUAUUUAUACAUUACACAAGUAGGGUAUUUAGUAUUCUAUACUAAUUACAAGGAGGUCCUCUAGAUAUAUACUUAUUGCCUAACACGCUCUUCCCUUCUCAUCCUAACUACGGUUCUUCAACCCUCGUAGUGGGAUCAAAGAUCUUCUUCAUCGGAGGAUUUAGAGAACCUUCCUCGGAUCUAUGGAUCCUUGAUACACGAUCUGGGAACAUGACUCAGGGACCAAGCAUGAGCGUCCCUCGAGAGAAAAGCAAAUUAGCUGUGGGAGUGUUCUCUUUGCUUUCUUUAGGAGGAAUGGGAUCAUGUGGUUCGAUACGAAGCUCAGUGUGUGGAGGAGCUUGGUCGGUCCUGAUGGGAAUAGACUGAAAAAACUGUCAACCUUUUCUGUGAAGGCCAUGGCGGAACACGACGGAAAGCUAGCGCUUUUGUAUCCGUGUUAUAAACUUGAAAAUGAUUUAACCUUUACCCGGAGUUUUCAGUGUGAGUUAGUCUCAUUGCAUAGAGCUGGAGACAGGAUUUGUGGAACGAGCAAUUGGUUUGGUGUUGUGGGUACAGUCCCACUCUCGUUUCCUUUUCUGCACUUUUUAGCUGUUUCCAAUUGAUUGGUCACAUGUGUUCUUGAAAGCAUGUGUUUGUAAAACUCAUGAGUGGUUGGUUGGUUACCUAAGAAAAUGAAACAUGAUAUCGUGUUUGUUCCUUGUAGUGUUGUGAUCAUCUGUUAUUCAAGUUGAUAUUGUUAGUCUAACUUGAGUUUCACGUCAAUGAUGACAACAUUCCUACAAAGUUUUACAAGAGUCUCAACUUUGGAUUGUUUUUGUGGAAUGAUGAAAGGCAAUGCAUCAGAAUCGUUCAGUAAUAUUGUCCUUGGCGGCUUCUUCUUUAAUCCUACAAAGACCAUUUACGAUAUAAAGAGCUACUUCUAUUAAGAACAUUACAAAUACAGACAGAGCUUAUGAGAUUAGACCCCUAUAGAUUUAAAAUGUAAUCAAAAUGAAGCCUAAAAACCUUUAGGAAGAGAAGAUGCGAACGUAGUAUCAUGGAUUAAUCCCGAGCUACAGUUAUUAUCAUUUUCAUCAGCUUUUAACAUAUCCAUAAUCCACUAACUGUUUUAUAUAUUGGUUUUAAAUAUUUUUUAUUCUUAUUUAAUUAUUAAUUUAAAUUAAUAAAUAAUAUUACUUGAACUAUAUUAUUAAAUAAAACAUAAUUUUUUUUUAAUAUUUAGUGUUAUGAAUAGUAUUAACUAAAUUUGAUUUAAUAUUAUUCACAAAAUACCGAAUCUAGUGAAAUGGUCAUUGUGUCAGAGGUCCUCAGUUCGAAUUACCGCUGAGACAAAACUAUAUUACAUGGGCUUUGGUUUUGAACCUCCUGGUAUUCGGAAUUUUUUUUUGUAGCAAUGCGAGUUGCCUCGAGGAGGAAGGAGCACCAACGGGUGUUAUUGAUCUUUGAUACAUCUUCUUCUCUGAUAUCCUCGUCGCCUCCCCUUCUUUAUAUCGAACUCUCUGCUUGUCUUUGAAAUGGUAUAAAUACAGGAUUAUUGAUGAUGAUGAUGACAAUAAAGGAAGUUUAGGAGACAAAAGACAUGUUCUCUCAUGUGCAAAUCUUAGAUCUUAUAGAUUAGUAACUAAAAAAAUAAUACAACUGAGAGGACGACCAACUCGUGAUUAACCCUGAAGUUCACCCAAAAAUAAGAUUUGCAAGUAUGGAAACUUGGCUAGCAAGUAAACUAUGAUCGAUUAUGAAAAGAGAGUGUUUUAUUUGUUGUUUUGUAAUGUGUACAAAAGAUAUUUGAUAACAAAGAAGAUUGUAUCUAUGAGAGUAUAGUUUUGCUGUGGAAGAAUUCGGAUCUCAGUUUCCUUGGCUUCUCCUUCUUUUUUGUAUAGGUCUUACAGUUAGAUCGUAACGAUGGUGUGAUCUCCGGUGUGGAUCAGGUAUUUUAAUGAUGGUCUUAAAUGUUUUUGAAUUCUGGCUUGUGUUGACUUGCUGCCGAGCUCGGUGUAUUUGGCACCUCGAACCCAGGGUGGACCUUGAUGAUGAUUAUUUUUUUUGUUUUAUUGCAUUCAGGUUGAGAUUUCAGACCAAAUCUGGAGCAAGGCGAGGCUCCAACAACUCACUUUGUGAAAUCAUUCAAAUGAAAAUGUUAUUUAAAUUUGACCCAGUAGCAAAAUUAUAUCACACAUCAUCAUGCAUUGAUCUUCGCACAAUUGAUGAUUACACACAUGGAGUAAACGCAUAAUCUUUAUUUGUCUAGAAGUUUUGCCGAAAUGCAUCAUGUAAUUGGAAUUAAAUCCUCUCAUUAAAAAUCUAUUCCAUUAAUACAUACCCGAAAAAAUCAGCAUUGAGAAGUUACAUCUAAAAUAAAACUGAGAUCUUGUUGCUUUUUUCUUUUCGGGUCAAGAUCGUAUUAAAGACCCAAACGGGUCAAUUUCUACAGACCAGAUUCGAGUUAAGACGAAACUCAUCACAAUACAGACUUGUGUUGAAAUCUUGUUGUUGAUUAACGUUGAUUCUUUAGCAUUUUUGAAAUUAAGGGUUUUAAAGUAACGUAAUAAUUUUUUAUAAAUGAUGUUCAUAUCUGAAUCAUAACCUAAACCCAAAAACGUAACGUAAUAAAUUUUUAUAAAGUCCGCUUUGUUCGAUUCAUCAUCAUCAUCAUCAUCUUAAUGCAAGACCCAACUUUUUCAGUCUCUCCUGUUCAAACAAUGUCCAACUUCAUCGCCGACGACGAGCCACCGAAAAAACACACAACCCAUCCUCCUCCGCCACAUUCCCUUUCUUCAUUGCCUGCUGAUAUUGUUUUGAGAUGCUUGGUCCGCGUUCCAAAAUGCCAUCACCUAAACAUCUCAUGGGUCUCAAAAGACCUAAGAUUCCUUGUUCGCUCCCCUGAGCUCAAAGUCUUGCGAUCCACCCUCCCCAAGAGCUCCCUUCAUUUAUGUUUCCAAAAAGAUGACGACCACCAUUCAUCCUUCCACUGGUUUACUCUCAGCGAAACAUCAACGACCACGACGGAGUAUGGGUUAGUUCCGAACCCAACUCCCUUCCCUCCUCAUAAGUACGGUUCUUCCACUGUUACAGUGGGGUCAAAGAUCUUCUUCAUCGGCGGCGGAUCUAGCGAGCCUUCCUCGGAUCUAUGGAUCCUUGAUACACGGUCUGGGAACAUGACUAAGGGACCAAGCAUGAGCGUGCCUCGAGAGAAAGGCGAAGCAGCUGUGGGAGUGAUCGACGGGAAGAUAUACGUCAUUGGAGGCGGAGGAAGUUUCCAGGAAGAAAGGUUUAACGAAGAGAUCCAAGUGGAAGCUUUUGAUGUGAAGUCGGAAACUUGGGAGCUUGCAGGGAUGGAGAACGUGCGUAAAACCUCACGGUGUAGCGCCUCGGUGGAGGGGAAGGUUUAUAUGGUGGAGUACGGGGAGAUAAAUGUGUACAACCCGAGAGAAUGUGAGAGGGAACGGAUGGUUCGUAUGGUAAGCCAGAGACUCGAACGUGGUCGAAAGGAUAUGUUAAAUGAUUCAGCGUUUAUUGUGUGUGUGGUGGAAGAUGUUCUCUACGCUUUCUUUUAUCAGAGUGGGAUCAUGUGGUUUAAUACAAAGCUCAAUGUGUGGAGGAGAUUGUUGGAUCGUGAUGGGAAGGAACUACCUUUUAUCUUUCAUGUGGAUGCCAUGGCUGAAUACGACGAUGGUAAGCUUGUGAUUUUGUACAUGCUGAGUGAAAAGGAAAUUUAUCACACUGUUACCAAGAGUAUUCGGUGUAUGUUGGUCUCACUGCAUAGAUCUGGAGACAUGAUUUGUGGGACGGUUGAUUGGUCUGGUUCUAUGGGUACAGUCCCAGAUUCGGUUGAUUUUCUGCAUUGUUUAGCUGUUUCCGAUUGAUUGAUUGAUUGAUCAUAGUAUGUGUCCUUGUCUGUUUCUCGUUGAUUCCUGCGAAGACCAUUUACUAAAUAAAGAGCUAGUUCUUUUAUGAACAUUACAAAAUACGACCAGCGCUUAUUAGUAAUUAGUAAUUAGUAUUUGAUAAGAUUAGAUCCCAAGAGAUUUAAAAAAAAUUAAAAUGCAUUCAAAAUGAAGCCAAAAACCUUUUGGAAGAGGAGAAGAGAACGCAGCAAUAUGGAUUAAGCCGGAGCUACUUUUAAGAUAACCCAAUAAUGAGUCCAUUUUUAGUUCUUCCAUUGGCCUAUUCAAACUUAAAAAUGAAAGUUCUAAAACUUUGUUUUACAAAAAUUCUUAUUCUGUAAUCUCCAAAAGUCACAGUUCUCUCUAUUCUCUAGAUCAGAAAUUUAGGGUUAUCCGACGAGCUUUCAGGCGAGUUUCUCGCAGGUUUUAAACCAGUUUUUGACAGGUCUAGAUGAGUCUUUGGCAAAUUUCCAGUGAGUUUGUACAAGUUUUUCUGGGAUGUGUGAUGAGCCUCCUAGUAAUUUUAUCGUCCCCUUCUAUUUCUGCGGUUUUGGUUCUCCGUCUGACCCGGUCAAACGGAGUUGACCAUUUCAGUCAAGAUUACCAAGUCAUCAUCAUCAUCUUCUUCUUGUUCCUUUAGGUUAGUCGACAUAAUGUUGUUAGUUUAACUUUAGGUAGACAUGUCAAUUAGUAAAGACAAACUCGUAGAUUUUCAAAGGACCAAGUAGAAACUUUAUGCAAGUACUUGAGUACUCAUGCUAGAUUGGUAUCUUCUUCUCUUCAGGGAUGUCUAAGCACACGUACACUAGGGUUAAAAGGGUUAUUGAUAAGGAAGCUUUUAAUCUGUAGACAUUCAAAAGAGUUGAGCAGGAGCAAAAAAUAUAUACUUCCUAGCACACAUGCUAGAGUAGAUAAACUAGUGAGCUUGGACCAAGAACACAGUGUCUCUUGUUAGGAACUUUAACUUAAUAAAAGAGAAAAUAGACCCCACGUUAGCAGGUAGGUAGAAGUUAGGAUAAAAUCAUGGAAAGAAUUCGUCGCAGAUAGAGUUGGUCAAAGUUUGGCCUUUGGAUUAAAGCAUGGUCAGAAAUUUCAGUUGUCACGAAGCAAAACACGUACGUGGUAAGACCAAUGUUUGUCAAUCAGUAAAGAGAGAGAGAGAGAUGAAUUGUAUGGAGGCCCAAGUAUGAGUUGAAGCCCAUCGAUGAAGAAAAGCCUCCUUACAUCAACAAUCACCUAAACAAAAAAAGACAAAAACAGAGGAAGUUGCCGAAGAAACUGGUACGGAAAUCCCAACCACAAAACAGAUUUGCUGCUCUCUGAGAGGAUCAGGAUCACGCCAUCUGUCUUCUUUACUUUAGGGUAGCACUGUGUGUAGGGUUGAAGCAGAUAUCUUACAAAUGCGAGAGUCUCUUUUGUUGAAAGCAGCAAAAUGUCCAACUCCAACGCCGACGAGCCACCGGAAAACUACACUACCCAUCCUCCACCGCCGCCGUCGCUUUCUUCACUGCCUGACGAAAUCGUUCUGAGAUGCUUAGCCCGCGUCCCAAGAAGCUAUCACCUAAGCCUCUCAUGGGUCUCAAAAAACCUAAAAGCCCUUGUUCGCUCGCUGCCUGAGCUCAAUGGACAACGAUCUAUCCUCCACAAGAGGAGCUCCCUCUAUCUAUGUUUCCAACAAGAAUACAACGACUCAUCCUUCCACUGGUUUACUCUCUGUCCCACUGAGGAAACAUCAACGACGGAGUAUCAGCUACUCUCGAACUCAACGCCCUUCCCUCCUCAUAAGUACGGUUCUUCAACCGUCGCAGUGGGUUCGAACAUCUUCUUCAUCGGCCGAUCUAGAAGACCUUCCUCGGAUCUAUGGAUCCUUGACACCCGAUCCGGAAACAUGACUCAGGGACCAAGCAUGAGCGUGCCUCGAAACGUGGAAGACGCAGCUGUGGGUGUAAUAGACGGGAAGAUAUACGUCAUCGGAGGCGGAGGGUAUCAUGAAGAGAUCCAAGUUGAAGUUUUCCACCCAAAGUCGGAGACUUGGGAGCUUGCGGGGAUAGAGAACAUGCGUACGAUUCCACGGUCUAGCGCCUCCGUGGAGGGGAAGGUGUACAUGGUGGAGUACGAGAAGACGAGCGUGUACAACCCGAGGGAAUGUGAAGGACAACGGUUGGUUAAGAUUGUAAGCGAGAGACUCUCGGAACGUGGAAGAAAGGAGACGGUGCCUGAUACUGUGGAGCGCGUGUGUGUGGUGGAGGAUGUUCUCUUUGCUUGAUUUAAGCGGUUGGGGUGAUGUGGUUUGAUACAAAGAUUGACGUGUGGAGAAGAUUGGUGGGUCGCGAUGGGAAGGAGAUGUUUAUCUUUCAUGCGGAUGCCAUGUCGGAAUACGAGGGUAAGCUUGUGGUUUUGUACAUGUGGGGUGAGAGUAGAGUUGAUGAUAGUGUUACUGAUAGACUUCUAUUAUAUUGGGUCUGAUGUGGCAAGUGAUGAUGCUGACGUGUUUAAUGAAGAAGAGUCAGGAGAGCCUUGGUUUGGUGCAGAAGGUUUGCUGUUACAAGCUUGAAGAAAGAAGUCGAAGUAUAAGAGACGAGCCGGGAGGAAGAGAAGAGCUCAUGCUUAUGAUGUUGAUGUGAUUCAAGCGCUAUGAGCUUGGAGGAGAUGAUCGCCAUGAGAUCAUCUCUGCGAUCGCUAUGAGAUCGUAUUUCUAUCUUUUAUGAGCAUCGUUACUCUUGUAAUCUGACAUUGAAGAUCAAUAAAGGAGUGAGGGAUUUGUAAAGUCUAACAGUUACCAAGAGUGUUCGGUGUAAGUUGGUCUCAGUGCAUAGAGCUGGAGACAGGAUUUGUGGGACGAUCGAUUGGUCUGGUGUUGUGGGUACAGUCCCCUCUUCGUUUUGUUUUCUGCAUUGUUUAGCUGUUUCUGAGUGAUUUGAGAGAGCAAGUUGGUUGGUUGCUAGCUAGAAAGGAUUUAUCAUGGAAUCAUAUUAGGAAGGAAAUUAACAUGUUUUUAAGUUUGUGGAA